GCUCCUUCCUUGCUACUAACAAAAGCUCUCCGCAUCGAAGCUUGAAGAUUUAAAACGCAUGUAGACGUCGGUGUUCCUUCAUUUUCCAACGACCGUGGCUUCCUCUUUGGUUGGUUUCCUUUCAUAAACUCCAACCCAAAUAGCUUUCUGUCUUUCUCUCGCGGAUGAUGCUCGCUGCUCAACUUUGUGUCCGUACGGUCUCCGCUUUCUGGAUUUUCUACCAUCAAUCAAAUGCUGCUUCUUCUUCUUCUUCCUCGCUCCGAUCCUCGUCCUGUCGCUCCUCAAUCCGUUUACAUUUCACGACGAAACGACGUCGUUCUUUUGAACCGAUCCUCGUUUCUUGCCACUCCGCCCGAGGUAGCUUCGGUUCCCAAUCUAGCGAAGGCGACGAUCAAGACCACCAGUUUCUUGAAGCCUCUCUUCUCAUCUCAGAAACUAUUUUGCACUACCGGAUGCUGAGGCAAGGAUUCCAAGAAGACAUAAAAUGGAAGUCGUCUAGGAGACAGCUUCCGACAUCGAAGGCUAUGAUUACUUCAAUCGGACAAGCCUUUCUCAGUCGCUAUCCCAGUCCCACCAUUUUUCUCAAGAUUUCUUGUGAUGGAGACUUCUUGCUACCCAUUGUUGUAGGGGAGUUUGCUAUUGAAAAACUUAUAGCUGCCUUUUGGGGAGAUGAUGAUGGGGAUUGUCCAGAUCAGUUCCAGCUUGUUAAAAAUGUGGUGGAGAAUCUUGGAUAUGAAGUUAAAAUGGUGAGAAUCACAGAAAGAGUUGUCAAUACUUACUUUGCAAAAUUGUAUUUUGGCAAGCCAGGGGAAAAUGGUGUCAUAAGUGUGGAUGCACGACCCUCAGAUGCCAUAAAUGUGGCUAACAGAUGCAAGGCUCCAAUAUAUGUAAAUAAACAAAUUGUCUUGGCAGAUGCUAUUAGGAUGGGCUAUGGGAUGGGCAGAGUACGUGAUACAAAGGCUACUUAUGAUGUAUUACUUGACAGUGCUGCAGAUGGUCCAGAUUUACUAACAGAAGAAUUGGAUUUGGUGAGGAAUAUGGAUUUAGCUGUCAAAGAAGAAAGGUACCAUGAUGCAGCAAUGUUGAGAGACAAACUAAUGAAGCUUCGCAACUCAAGUCAUAGCCAGUAACCCAUUUCAAAUGUAUCCAGUUCGUAUACUUGAUGGUUGGCAUGCUUGUUAGCUAAUUCUUUUUAGAUUUUGCUAUUAAAAGAUAAAGGGUAUACCCUCUGGUUUUGGAGUUUUGUGGCUGCUCAGAUUGUUGUAGUUCGCAAAGCUUCAGGGAGAUGCUGGGCAAAAUACUCACCAGAAAGGAAGGUUUGGAACCUGUUAACACCAUUGACCUAGAAUUUUGGUGUUUAAGUUAAUCCUGAGAAAACAUUCCUGGAAUGAAUGCAUAAUCAUGCUUUACAAAAGGUUGUAUGUACAGAUGCGACUCACGAAUGUUGCCCAUAAGGUCAAGUGUGGAUUAACUUGGAGAGUGCAUAGCCAUGACCAUGAAGGUUACAAAUAUUCUUGUUACUCAUUGAGCUGCAAUUGAUUGUCUGUAUUUCCGAUUGUAUGAUGUUUGUAAAUAUCUAUUUGUUUCAUAGAUAUUUCUAUGGGAAAUUACAAUUUACUAUAUGGCUGUGUACUUGGCUACCUAGCUUUCAGAAAAUGGUAUAAAGUUUAAUAUGCCCUGAUAGCUCUGCUGUCAAUUUUCUUUU